AUGUCACAAUUCAGACGUGCCCCCCUUGUGAUGAGUUCGACCAACCAGAAUAUUAUUUCUUCCUUAAAGGCAACGCAAAUGAUUGACAGCAAGCCCAUCCUUCCUAUGGAUCUUAUUUCCAUUAUUCUCGACUUAUUACCAGUUCCCGAUCUAAUAAGGUGUGCUCGAGCCUCAAAAAAAAUGCUAUUAAUGGUAUAUGAAGACUCAAGAUGGGUAAAGCGUCUAAGAUUAAUGGGCGUUUCUCAUGAAGAAAUUACAAAGGAUCAUUCAAAGAAUACUAUACAGAUGAAAAGAGAAAUGUCACGGAUGAAGCGCACCGAAGGAACUAAUGGAAUGGGAUACGCAGUCUUCGAAAAUGAUGCAAUUACGCCGGGGAAUGAUAAGACCACCACCUUCGACCCCGGGACGAUAGAAAAGCGCCAAAAAGUUGCAGAAAAGCAAGAUAUCCAAUCGCUAUCUUUAUCGGAAUUUGUACCUAUGACAACUUGGAACAGCCAUCAUACCCUCAUAUCCCCCAUAAGAUCUUCAGAGAUUGACUUUGAGGCACCUUUGAGAAUCUUUACUGAUCAUGAAUCGACAACAGGACCUGCAAGAGUAAAGUAUAGCAAGAUACAUGUCGUUCUAGCCCCAUUUUAUACUGAUCUCGUUGCAUCGACGAGCUACCAGGACCUCGUUAUAUUUAAGCUUUAUCAAGACCCGGAAAAACAAGCACAAAUACUUGCUCACCUGCAGAAAUUUAGCAAGUGUGAUUUAGCACAAGGAUGGGAACAGAGAUUAAAAAAGGUCAGAAAUAUGGUUGAUAUCUUUGAAACUAACGUCCUCAGUAAAUUCAAGCUUGGUUACAAAGAUGGCGAUAUUGAUGGAAAAAUGUGUCAGUAUGCUCAUGUUAUGGCAAGACUUAAUGGCGGACAUGCAGGAAUAGAUUUUUUUAUUCACGAAAAUCCUAUAUUUUCCGAAGAAGUUUGUAGAAUUCCUAGGAACUUGAUUGAUCAGGAUUCUACGGAAACUGCUUCACUUGAGAUAUCUAGAGAUUUCUUCGAAAAACUUGCGCGAAUGCUCAAUGAGCAAGCCAACGUUAUAGAUCGUGUAUUUCCGAUCUAUGAAAAUGUUUAUCAACUACUCUUUGAGAAGAGCGUCGAUGAAAUCCUCAUGGUUUAUGUAAAAACGCUCUUAGGUGAACUUUAUCGAAGAAGCAGAACCUCUUACACAAGAGUAAUACCUGGGCUUUUCCAGCAGAGCAUUCGUUUCGGUUCCUCACUCGAACCAACCAAAAAUUCCGUUGGAGACUUUCCUCAGCGGGUGAACAUAGCAAUAUCAAAUAUAUUUGAAACACACAUUGAUCUUUAUCUCAAGGAGGAGCUAGAACAGUUUAAAAGAAAAGCUGAGGCAGACGUCAAUGAGUGGGAAAGUAAAUUAACUGCUCAAGAUGCGUCUGCAGAAUCGUUUUUCAUGGCCAAUUUCAAUAGGCAAGCAGAUAAGAAGGACUUUCUAUCAUCCUUCAAGAAAGUUGUCAUGAUGCCCGUAAACGUUUUACCACCUUUUGGAGUCAAACAAAUUACAGCUAGGCAACCAUCAAAUCGUGGCACACUGCAAUCACCAAUGACCCCAGUAAUAUCAAAACCAGCAACGCCUACUCAAAAGGGCUCAGAUGACCGCUCCUCAUCGCCUAUACUACUACCAGUAUCAGCACCAACUGACGAGCUUGCCGCUAAGGCUGCACUUAUGGCUUCUCGGCUUGAGGGCAUACGCUCUCUAUUUUCAAUUGAGAUAGCUCUUCAUAUUACCCAUGAUGCUAAAGCUAGUAUCGAGCGUGUUGCUCACUUGGUUCAGCUUCAGGGUCAAACUGGAAAAAAAGUACGUCACCAGUGUUCAGAAAUAUUCAUACUUCUUCUUCAAAUACUAGGCCAACGUCACAUCAAACCAGGCUUUGAUAAAGCUGUUGAUCAUUUGUCAAAAUACAAUCCCCGUGAGAUCAAAGAACACCAGCGUGGUGUUGCACCACUAGUAACUUUUCUAGAAUUAGUAAACGUUGGUGACCUCAUUAGCCAAAUGAUCGACGUAUUUUUCGAACAGCAGCUGUGCACCAAUAAACUUGUUGAUCGAAAUGACUUCCUUGAACCAGCCGCCAAAGCCAAGAAACAUUUUGAGAACAUGCUUGAUGAACGCGUAGCUGCAGGAUUGAAUACAGGUAUCGAUGUUCUAAUGGAUGAAGUCGAAUAUCUUCUCGCCACGACACAGCUUCCAACAGAUUAUAACCCAACUCCAAGUUUAAAUGGUGAUGCUGAGGUUGGAUCCACAAAAGCUGCUGAGCUGGUCGUAGAGUUAGUUGAAAGUCACACAAAAAUGCUCAUAGGUAGCACCGAUAAAAGCAUGCUUGAUGUCUUUAACCAAGAGGUAGGUCGUCGGCUUUUUACGGUGAUUUGUAAGCAUCUAAAGCGACAGCGAAUCUCGAUUGAUGGUUCUAUGAAGCUUAUUUCAGAUAUGAAUCUCUUCUUUCUUUAUACCAAAUCCUUAAAAAACUCAGAAUUGAUCGAGUAUUUCAAGGCCUUGAAAGAAUUGAGUCAACUCUAUUUAAUUGCGCCGAUACAUGCCAAAGAAAUAGCAGAAGUAAUUGCCGACUCAAGUCGAUUCGGAGGUAUAUUCAGAGCCGAGGAGGUCUACGAGUUUGUGGAACGCAGAGCUGAUUGGUUUUCGGUAAGGCGUGAUGUCGAGAAAGCCAUGUAUGGCAUUGGGUGUACUGUAAUGUAG